AUGGCUCAGAAAACACAGAAUUGUCUUCGGAACAGACAUAGUCAAGAUGUUCAGACAGAUUCGAGUGCAUCAAGACAACUGGGAUCUCCAGAGAAUUCUGUGCACAAUGAAAAUCAGCAGCAGAUCACCUACCAACUGACCACAGUCACCUACGGUCUCAAUUGUUCUCCAUGGCUAUCUCUACGAGUUCUCCAACAAUUGGCAGAGGAUGAAGGACAUCAAUAUCCAGCAGCCGUGGAGACACUCACCAAAGGUCGUUACGUCGACGAUAUCUACGGCGGAGCUGAUACAGAAGAUCACCGCAAAGAAAUCGCAUGGCAGUUACAAGGGCUCUGUCAAGCAGGUGGUUUCGUUCUACAAAAGUGGAGCAGUAAUUGCCCACACGUAUUAGAGGAAUUGGGAAUCUCAACGAGCAAGGCAAUCAUCCAGUUCGAGGAGCCCAUCACCAAAGUGCUCGGAUUAUAUUGGCAUCAAUCGUCCGAUACAUUUCGAUUUAAAUCAAAGCAGUUUGAGUCAGCAACAAUCACCUCACUCACUUGGGAUACACCACUUCCAAAGGAGUAUGAAGAUCAAUGGACGAACUUCAGAGAGAACCUCAACAAACUGAAUCUCGUCUCAGUGCCAAGGUGGCUGAGACUUUCAUCGGAGACAUCGAGCAUCCAGAUCCACGGGUUUGCAGAUGCAUCAACAGCAGCUAUGGGCGCAGUGGUGUAUAUCUGCAUCAAGCAAAUCAAUGAGCCGGCAUCAACGGUAAUGGUAUGCGCUAAAAUAAAAAUAGCUCCCAUCAAGCGCAUGACCAUCCCUCGACUCGAGCUAACAGCAGCACUCAUGCUUAUCCAACUAGUAGUUGCAACUCAGCAUUUGCUGGAACUCAACGUAGUAGACACGUAUCUAUGGUCUGAUUCAAGUGUAGCCCUAGCUUGGAUCAAGAAUCACCCAUCGAGAUGGAAGGAUUUCAUCCAAAACCGAGUCAUCAAGAUCCAGGAAUUCCUUCCAGACACUACCUGGAGGCACAUCAGCGAUAAGGAAAACCCAGCUGACUGUGCAUCCAGAGGACUACCACCACAGGAGCUCGCAGAGCAUCAGCUAUGGUGGUCAGGUCCUGAGUGGAUAAAUCAGGAACCUGAAAACUGGCCAGUAUCACUAAUUAACUCUCCAGCCAAAGCAUCAACAGAAGCAAGGCCAACUCCAUCACAUCAGACAUCUAUCAAGGUCAACGCCAUAGCAGAGCUCCUCAACAGAUACUCAACACUAGCCAAGGUCCUCCAAGUAACAGCCACCUUGAACCGAGCCAUCGACAGGUUCAGAAGACAGCCAGUCCCUCAAACACCGCUACUUGAGAGAGACCAUCAAAUACCACGGAGUCAUCCACUAGCAAAGCUGACUCCAACUCUAGACAAUGAGAGCAUCAUCAGGCUAGGUGGCCGCCAUGAGAAUUCUCAACUAGAGCCUGACGAGAUUCACCCAUUAUCCUGCCUCGUCAAUCUCGUUUAA